AUGUUGCACACUGUAUUGCUGGAUUUCGAGAACAUGCCAGUUUUCUUGCAUGCUCUACGCAUGCAGAAAGAAUAUGCUCAAAUACAUCCUUCUCUCUGUUUUGAGUGCGCACCUUGCAUAUGCAACAUCUGGAUCGGAGACUGUGGGGAUAUGCAUCCCUCAAAUGCUCCCAUGUACAGCAGCUUUACCUCUGAAGCUGUGUCAGACCUUGACCUCAUCGCUCCGGUACUCCUUAGUGCAUCACUUGCAAUCGACUUUUCAUGUCUGGACAUCGUGGCAUCCUGCAUGGAACUUGCAUGGACCCACAUGGGAAAUUACGUGAACUGUGAAUGUUUGCCACUUCUGUGGAGCACAAAAACAUUAACACUAUCAAGGGUGACCUGUGACUCAUGGAAAAUGGCAACACUUGGCCCAGGAUCAGCCUUCCUGGCAUCCAUCACCCACCUUAUUGCCCUCCCUUCUGAAGAGGAUGACACAUUUUUACAUAUCCUUUAUCGGAGUAAGUGUGCUGUUGGAACUCAAAACUACAUUAUACCUCUGUGGAUAGUGCACGUCCCGUGGGAUGCUUUUGAGGCUCUCGAAAAUGUCUCUUUGGUUUUCCCCCAUGUCCAACUCCCAUUCGCCAUGUAUGAAUUUACUGUCGCACUGAACUUACAUGUGGAACUAUUGACAUUCUCUGUUUCCAUGCUGAAGGGCUGGCAGCACAUCCCCACAGAGAUACAAGGCUCCGCAGACACCAAAGAGGGUUAUUUUUUGUUGAAAGACACUGAUGCUGAGGUGUCCAAUGAAGAUUUUAUUUCCUUGGACAACAUUUGUGUUGCGAAAGUUUGGGCUUCUGGAUAG